UUUUUUCAGAUUCAAUGGCUUGAGCAAUGAAGAAGCCGAGUGAAUCGAAGCAGUUCAAACACCUGGCAAAAUCGGAAACGCAGCAUCGAAGGUCAUCUUCGCUGCCUGAAAAUGCGUUGGACAAUGUGUCGGCUGUUAUGGCUUCUGCCAGAAUGAACAUGCAGGUUCCACAGUGUUCCGAGGUGCCUGAAAAUUUGCCGCCAUUGAAUGGGCAUAUUAGAGUCGGCAGUAACUAUAGCAGUGGCGGGGAGAGCUGUUCAAGCAACAGGAAGAAUUCAAUCAAAGGAAGCCAUAAAGUGAAGCAUUCAUGGGAUUCAGCAAAUGGAAUUGAGAGUGCAGCCGAAUUCGAAUGCGAUGAAAACUCGACGUUUGAGACGGUAACUGAAGAUAGCAAGGCUGGGCGUUCAUUCUUCAAGAUGUUCCCUUCUUUAUACGAGCUGCCAAUUUUGCAUGCAAAUUUUGCGUGUUCGCUGGUAAAAGAUACAGUUCCAAUGCACGGAAGAAUGUUUCUCACGCCUUCAUACGUUUGCUUCGUGUCCAAAUUAUUCAAGAAAAAAUACGCAAUCAGAUUGUCCGAAGUUCUCUCAGUGACGAAGGAGAGAUCUGCUUUUGUGGUUCCGAACGCAAUCAAAGUGGUUACUCAAGUCCAAAAAUUCACCUUCGGAUCGCUAUUCCGUCGCCACACCACGUUCAAGAUUCUGACAAUUCUGUGGGGUCGAAACACUUCUCAGAAAGUAUCGAUUGACUGUGACCAAUUAUCUCUGUGCUCAUUGGCCAACGAGCACAGCAACAACGACAUGUCCAAUCAAUCACAAAAUGACAAUGAAAGCAGACCACACGACAAUGACUUGAGUCAAGCUACGACAGGCAGUAAUGCGGAUUCUUCGUUCUUAGAGGACGAGCUUUGCGGAACAGAUGACAAGAAUAAUAAUCUGAGUCAACCGGGAGCAUCGAAGGGCUCUGGAAUUGUAAAAUGUGGCGAAGCGGAGUCUUUAUAUGCAGACGGAACAAAAGUGAGCGAGGGUAGCAAGCUCUUUUUUAGCGCGAGCACGGAUGACGAAGGACAGCAAUCAGCUUUAAAUGGUGCAAAUUAUGCUGCUAAAUCAUCUCUUCUUGAUGAUGGCAGGAUGAGUGGGUCAUCGUACCACCUGACUGCAACAGUGAGGUACAGACCGAAUUCUGCCAAAUCAGCCACUGAACCCGAUCAACUGAUCGCUCCCGAUUUAGGGAAUCGUGAGGUAGAUUUAGUGAGGCGGAAUAGUUCAAUAAUAAACCAAAACUCAAACCACCACCCGACGUUGCAAGACGAUUACAAAAGCACCGCGAAUCGACACAGCAGACUGAAUUCUACCGAAGUGGUAAUGAAUAACAGAUAUUCUCCUAGAAAGGCAAGGAAGGGGGUCAGGGCAGUGACGAAAGAGAGCGAGACAACGGGAACAGUGGAGGGCGGUGUGCGAGUUGUAACGGUUUACAAGUGCCAAAACUGCGAGAAUGCCAACAACAGCAAAAAUAGCAGUAGUAAUAUUGGUUCGGCAUCUCUGGACCCCCUUAUAUACCUUUUGGUGAUGUUGCUCCUCUUCUUGACCACUGUCUCUGCCUACUUCACACACAAUCUGUACCUGGUACACCUAAGAAGAAGUGCCCUGGACGAAAGUGUCUCUAGAUUUCUUUCUGGAAUGGAUUUGGAACAUCUUGACGCUCAAUCGGCUCCUGUGGAAGAUGAGUUUGCUAGUCUGGACAUGAGGGAAAAAGUGCAAUUGAUGAUGAGUCAAUCAUGUGCAAUCAAUCAAGCUAAUUAUGAUCAGUUUGCUCAGAUCGUGCAGACCAAUAAUCAACUUCUUAACAAUAUUCAGCAGUCGUUGGAUCAAGCUUUUUCUCGGUUCUCGAAUCAAUCAGAUAUUUCUCGCUUGAAUGCGCUUCUGGAACAAAUUCGCGCGGACGGUGGAGCAAAUUAACUAAGGAUUAUACUUAUGGAUAAAAUGGGUUCAGAUACAUAUCAAGCUGUUUUUUUUCCUGGAAUUAUUGUCAACAAAAGAAGGGAUGAUCAUUUCAGAAUUGCCUGGAAAUCGAAGAUGUGAUUCUUCCUUUAUUCGCCAAGUAGAUUGAUAUUUAUUUUCUUUUCUGAUGCCUAUGUAUUUAGCUUAAAUUUUCAUAAUCAUGCUUGUUCACGCAGCGCGUUGAUUGCUAAUCUUG